ACUGCAUUCUUUAAGAGCCGAAGGGUUUAGAGUAGCUACCAACCAAAAUGUAAGUAAUCGAUGUCUUAAAAGAAUUGGCGUUGAAAGUCGGACAGUCGCAAAGAUGGAUAAGCGCCUGAGGGUUGCACAGCAUGCAGGUAGACCAGUUGAAAGAAAAAGACUCGAGAAAUUUUAAUGGGCGCAUCAUGCUGAAUGCAGAGAAGAGUUUAUUAAUCAAGAUUAAUGUUUUACAAUUCACGCAAAUGUCAAAACAUACAGCAGUGUUUUUAUAGUGUACAUAUACUUUUUAAGUCAGCAUGGCUCAAAUAGAGGAGUUUGUCAUAGGCGCCUUAAGCACAAGCUGUGCUGGAUUUUUCACAAAUCCCUUGGAAGUAGUUAAGACACGCAUGCAACUUCAGGGAGAACUCCAAGCACAGGGGAAUUACACUGUCCACUACCGCAACGCCUUACAUGCGUUUUACACCAUCGCUAAAAAGGAUGGAUUCAUCAAGCUUCAGAAUGGCCUUGUUCCUGCUGUUUGGUAUCAAAUGACUAUGAAUGGAUUUCGUCUUGGUACAUAUCAGGUGUUCGUAAACUACGGACUGACCAAAGAUAAAAAUGGAGAUGUGGUCAUUUACAAAAGUCUUGUAGCUGGUGCUUUGGGAGGAAGUGUUGGAGCUUGUAUAGGAAGUCCGUUCUACAUGGUGAAAACGCAUCUCCAGUCCAAAUCGGUACAACAGAUAGCGGUGGGAUACCAACACGACCACCAGAGUAUGAGAGGAGCGUUCCGCAGUGUAUACAGUGAAAGUGGAAUUCUGGGACUGUGGAGGGGUGUGGUGGCAGCCAUGAGUAGAGUCACAGUCGGAUCGGCUGUACAGCUCACUACCUUCUUCAAAAUCAAAGAGGCUAUUGUGAAAAAGAAGGUAUUUGCGGAAGAAAGUGCCUUAGUUUCGCUGUGUGCCAGUACAACGAGUGGUGUAGUAGUGACGUUGUUUAUGACGCCGUUUGAUGUCGUGUCCACUCGGAUUUACAAUCAGGGCCUUGAUGCUCAGGGGAACGGCCUACUCUACAAAGGAGUAGCGGACUGUUAUGUAAAGAUCUUCCGGCAGGAGGGACUCUGGGGUUUCUAUAAAGGCUGGGGACCCUCCUUCCUCCGUCUAGUUCCACAUGCAAUGCUCAGUCUUACGUUUUGGGACCAGUUGAGGGAUUUUUACGGCAGAUUUAAAUCGAGAAAUGUAUGAUAUUUGAUAAAGUUUUUAGUCUUACUAUCAGUACCAGCUGAGGGAUUUUUACGGCAGAUUUAAAUCAGGAA